CGCGCUGGUAUGUUGUCUUGUUUUGCUCUGUGGAACAAUAUCAGUAUAGAUUGUGCGUUGCUGCGGUAUAUGUUUGCGGUAUACUAGUGCUACAUCCAGCGUUUUGAAGGCUGGAAUACGCUUACUUACUACGUAUAUAUAUCUCAAAUUGUGUAGUAACAGAAUUAGGAGUAUUUCUCUGUCUCUCGAGGCUGAGGCGGCGAGCGCGAUUCAUCAUAUAAAUAUCAUAAACUCUUGAGAGGAGCAUACUGGAUUGCCGCUGCCAAGUUUCUGGAGCAUUUUUACGCGCGUUUUAAACCCCGCAUUAUUAUCAUUUUAACUGAGAAUUUACUGAAACUCAACAUAAUAAUGAUGAGUGUAAUUUGGCUACAACGCACCAUGUUAUGAAAACUAAGGAGGGAAUUUGAAGCGUUGAGUGGUUCUUUUUUUAAGUGUGGAGAAAAUCCGUUUGUGUUUUUUGUGCGAGAUAUUUUUUUUAGUAGAAAAGAAACAAUUUCAACAAUGAGUGAGUCGAAAAACGGAGAGAAAAAAGUGAAAAUCAAUGAUGACAGGGGUAAUGUUGUGGAAGUCAGUGAAAAACAUGGACCUCUGUUCAACGCAAUACCCAAAAUGCAUUUAUGUGGAGCCGCUAUCCUCUGUCUUCUUAACAUUGCCAUUCCUGGGUUGGGAACCAUCAUUUCUGCGUUCACGGUCUUUUGUGGAUGCCCUACAAAGAUUGAAAAACGAAUGAACGCGUUCCUUCUGAAUAUCCUAGCAGGUUUCUUACAAAUGGUGACAUUCAUAAUCAUCGUGGGCUGGAUUUGGAGUAUUCUUUGGGGCAUGAAUUUUGUACAGUUAGCUAUUGCUAAGGGCGAAGAACAGGAAGCAGAAUUUCAGAAUCUUGGCGGACCAUAUUACGUCCGGCGGCAGAGCAGCGUCGAUGUUCCCUUGGCUUAAGAAAUCUGUCAGCUAAUUUCUGUUCUUGUAAUAAAUGUCCAUUUUGGUCUUUUGAAGAGGCUCUUGCUUGGUGUAACUCUAAUAUAAAUAAGCUAAGGUGCUUUCCGCCAGCGGAAAUGAAGGAUGCGUCUUAAGAGGAGAGUUAUUACUUACGUCUAAUUAUGACAUGCAUGAGUGGGUAUGUGUACCAAAAUCCGGACAAUUUGGUGUAUUUAGCGGUAACUCUUUAUUGGUGCUUUUGUUUUUUGUUCUUUAUAUUAAUUGCCAUGUUUUUAGUGUUAUUUAUACCUUAAGUUAUUUAUGUGCAAAUACUUUUCAUAUUAUAUUUUGCAGGGAUAUAUGAAAUAAAAUAUGUUUGUAAAUAA